AUGAUUUUCACCACAGCUGCUGUCCUUGGUGCCACGCUGGGCACUGCGUCAGGCAUCCUCACUCUCUGUGGGCUCUCACUGAUCUGCAGGUCCUGUAAGAAAGGCAAGCUGGAAAGUGGUGAAGAUGCAGACCCAGAGAAGGCUAAACCCAGUGUUCUGCACUCCUCAGAGCAGUUCAGUGUGGAAAAAUCCACAGAGCCCAUCCAACCAAGGACAUUGUUGAAAUUUCCCAAAAUAUACAAGCCCAAACCUUCUGUGACCUCAUCUGAGGUCAUCAGCUACCCUGAUCAUGCUUCAGAGAAGGGGGGCGAACCCUCUCCCGAGGGACCCUCGACUGAACCUGAUGCUGGUAACCAAGCAACGGACAGCUCUGACACAUUCACGAUCCUCAGACAAGACUCAAAGGACUUCACCCCCUGUGCUAGGGAUCUUACCAAUGGGAUGACAGCAAGCAGCUCCAUCCUCCACCCUAAGCUGCAUUUCUCUCUCACCUAUUAUACUGACCAGAACGAGCUACACAUCACCGUGAUAGAAGCGGAGCAUUUGUGUGUGGGGUCGGGCUGUGAGGGCUAUGUGGCCGGAGUCCUGACCUUUGCAGCAGGACAGAGGGAGGCCCAGACCUCGUCGCGACGCCUGACCAGCCACACCCGCUGGGAGGAAGGAUUGGUGUUCUCCCUGCCAGGAGGGUAUGAGGUGGAGGGCGAAGUGGCUCUCUCCCUGCACAGUUGUGACCGCUUCUCCCAGAACACCAACCUCGGCGUUAUGAGGUUCAAGCUGGUUGAUGUGGGCAUGAUGUCCAACGCAGACUGCUGGGUCGACCUUCAACCACCAAAACAGCAGGAUGUCCAGUCAGCUGGAGAGCUCCUACUGUCCAUAAGUUACCUGCCUGCAGCCAACCGGCUGGGAGUAGUGGUGAUGAAGGCUAGAGGACUACAGUCAGACAAGCUGAAGGACUCCAUAGACCUGUCUGUGAAACUGGCCCUGAAGCACCAGACUACCAAGCUGAAGAAGAAGCAGACGCGACGGGUCAAGCACAAGAUGAACCCAGUGUGGAAUGAGAUGAUGAUGCUGGAGGUUCCCCGCGAGCUGCUGUCUAAAUCCAGUCUGGACUUGGAAGUGUUGAACCAGGCAGGUCCUGGUGAGCAGGAGUCCCUGGGCCGCUGUCAGCUGGGUUUACAGGCCUCUAAUACUGGCCUCCAACACUGGCAGCAGAUGCUAGACAACCCCCGUAAGCAGAUCGCCAUGUGGCACCCACUGUAUGACUAA